CAUAAAAUUUAGUGCGCAAGGAGCAUCAGCAGCAGAAACAGGAACAAAACAAUAUUCCCGAAGGACGACAACAAAACGCGGAUAGUACAUUUUGUAGAGGACGAGAAGAGGCAGCACAUGAUUUGUAGUUAAAUCGUGGGAAAAGGAUACGGAGUUAUUGACUUUGGCACCUGCAGAAAAGCAAAGGAACAAAAUAACAAAAUCAGCAGGAAGACGAAGUGCGGAAAACAGGAGAACGGCUGAGAGAAGGAGACAGAAACGGAAGUAAGUGUAUCGUGUCUUAAUUUGAUUAAGGCCAACUCAAGAGCAGGAACGUCAGGAGUCAAAGUAAUCUCCAAGGAAGGACAAUCAACAAGAAAAGGACAUAGAUACUAUCUACAAAACAACAGAUUAAAGAAGGAGCUGCAAAAGUAGAACAGAAAAAGCCACAAAUUAGUGAUACUUUUUAGGGGAUUCAAAGACGGGUGAUAAAGAAACUGAAUUGCAGAAGAGAAUCCUCCAAAAUCCGAGGAAGAGAGCGAGGCAGCUCCGGAAGAAUCCGAGGCAGAUCCGAAGAACAGGUCACCAUGUAUAAGACCAUCAGACACGGUGAAAACAGUCUGCAGUACACGAUUCUGCCGCAGAACGACGACUUUCGCAUCGAGGGCAAGCUGUCGGGGUCGGGACGUUCCUCCGGCGGCGCAGCCACGUCCUCCGGCUCUUCCGCCUCCUCCUCCGGGUCCGGAUCCGUGAAGGUCAAGGGUCAGCGCCGCCGACGAUCCUUCUUCGCCUAUUUGGGCUUAAUAUUCGUGUGCACCGUGAUCAUUGGAGCCGUGCUAAUACCCUUUUUGGUCUCCGCCGAGUGUCUACCAAACCCCACGGAAUGGUUCUUGAAAACUAAGGCGGCCCUGAUCCGAGGCCCACAAAGAGGCGGCUCGGCGGGUGGUGAAAGGGGAGAGCCUGCUGGUAAUCCCAUAUUACCCACAGGGUCACCCCUGCUGCAGCAGAAUGUGGGAAGAAAUGUGCAGAUUGUGAAUCGGGAUGGCAUAGAGCAGUUCGUGAUCCGCGUAAAUAAGACCAAUCCGAACUCCAGCACCACCAGUAGCACCACUACCACGGCACCCACUACGAGCAGCAGCAGCACCACCACCACCACCACCACGACAACCACACCACCUCCCACAACGACUACGACUACCACGACCAGGGAGCCGCCAGUGACCACUCCGCGAUACAUGCCACCGGCCACCACAAUCACCACUCGGAUCAUUCAGGUUCCCCUACUCAAGUCCGCAGCCAAGAAACCCAUCAUGCCACCGGUUUUGGCCAAGGCUCAAGGACCUCAAAUUCAAACCGGAGCUGGCCAGAAUUCCAGGAUGCACGUACAAUCAGACGCGGAGGAGCAGACACAGGGAUCGGGAGUUGGCCUGAAUGACGAAAAAAGCAACAGCGCCUGGAUUAAGACGCACUGGGCAUACAUCGAUCCCUCGACCCUAUUUCAAUGGAAAGGUUUCAAGGACGAGGAUAGCGUGCUGCUGCCCGCUCUUUUGGGGUUCGCCCUCAUUGGAGUGAUUCUGAUCAUAACGGUUUGCCUGGUUGCACGCAACAAGCGCACAAUUGUGUCCUCCGUCCGCAAGCGAAAUCGCAAUGACAUCGAGGAUCAGGGCGCCGAGGAUAACGCCACUCUGCUGACCACCACAAAUAUGUCGGACGACGAUUAAUUAGAGCUCGUCUAGAUGAUUCCCAUAUUAUUCCCGAUUAACCUUCGAUUCAAGCUUUUUCUUUACCGGCAUGCUUAAGCGAUCCAAAGUCGCUGGGAUUUCGCCCACUUCCGUUUUAUAAGACACACAUGUAUUUACCUAGAUCUAAGCCUAGAACGCCCCACACCAUAUAUGUAUGUAGUAUGUAUAUCGGAUCUCAGCGCUGUCCAAAAAGCCAAGCUAACAUGUUAAAAAACCAAACGCAGUCCCGAAACCCAAAAAACUUUCUCUGUUAUGUUUCUUCUUCCCCUUCUCCGAAAAAAAGCAAGCGGAAAAUGAAACAAAAAAAAACAAAAGAAAUACAAAAAUGAAGAAGACUGUUUCUGAAACAACAAAACUAACAAAAGCGAGCUAAUCUUUAUAGUUUUCCAAAAAUUAAUUCCUGCUUUAAUAACUCGUUUUUCGAAAGCACCUUUUUCCCCAUCCCAAAAUUUGUGUGCGUCUGCGAGUGUGUGAGAUUGAGUGUGUGUGUGGGAGAGAUUUGCUUUCACGUUACAUAAAGAUAUAUACGUAUAAAUAUAAUAUGCAUGAGCUAAGUCGAUAUGUAAUUUGAGUUGGAAAAUCCGAAUUAUAACACUGUGUUAAUGCGAAAAGGUUCAUCAUACACUUUUCUGUUAGAUGUUGGUGUGCUAAAUCCAAAUGUCCUACCUCGUCAGUUUUUUGGUAAGUGGACCUUUAAAUGGGAAAAAGGAUGUUUGGACCAUUUUUGAAACUCAAAAAAUAAUUUUUUUAAUUAUGGCCACUGCAACUUUUUGGCUUAUGGAUUUUUAUUUCAAAUAAUUUAAUGGUUUUAGCGGGGGUAAUAUCAGAAUAUUGGUAAACCCAAUCCUAAACCCACUGUCUAAUUCAAUAACUCUUAACAAAAUCAUAAAAUUGUUUGGAAUGAAAUAUUUGAAAACCUAGUGGUAGCCAUACAUUUUAAGAGUGUAGAAAGUAAGAUUCUGAUCGCUUGUUUUUGAGUUUAAGAACGAGUAUAAACAGCACCUUUUCCAACAUUCAGGUACCUUUUUUCAAAACGCUGACGUGGCCAGCACUAAAAUCUAUUAGAAAUGUAUAUUUCCAUUAAUGUUUAAAAUUAAGGUCGAACUAUGUAACACAGUUUAAUUGAAAGGUAAACUUUCCAUUUAUCACAAAACAAAUAUUAUACUAAAGAGUGCAGUGCGUUUCAGGGCUCCAAGAAUCUAGAAAAACUAAUUUCAAACAAAAAUACUUUUUAACUAAAACGAGCUUUUUUAAACAUAAUUUUACUCCUAAUAGCGGUUAGAAUAAUUUUUAAACCACCUUUAAACGAUCUUGCUGCUCUGAGUCGCACUGUACCUCGACAUUUAUUUGAAAAAGAGUAAGAUAUACUUAUAUGCCACCAGAUCUUAA